CCAUUUUGGCUCAAGGUCACCAGGUGCUGCAGCGCGCCCGGCCGCCGCAGUGCGCACGGCGCUCCGCCCGCCCACCAGCGGCACUCCCUCUGCGGUGCCAUGCCCCUGCGGUGGAGCGCGCCCUCCGCGGCGCAGGCCCGUGGCGACCUUGGCGUGGGCUCUGAAAGCGCCGACGAGAGUAGGCUGGUGGACGGCCCCGUCCUCAACGGCGAUCCUCGGCCUGCGGGCGCUCCUCGGAGCCUUCGGCGAGCCUGGGCAGCCGGCGCCCUGGCCGGCGCGGUGGCCCUGGCGUUGCUGGCCGCGGGGGGCCCCCGUCGCCGCGGCGGUGCGGCCGCGCCCCCGCUGCCCCCCGCCGGCACGCGCAGGCCGCUCCAGCUGCAGGAGGUGGUGGAUUUGGGCGACGGCAACGUCGUCGAGGUGGACCUCAGCGACGGUGACAUCGGCGAGGACGACGUGGAUGUCGAGGUCCAGGCGGUCCGGCCGACGUGCCCAGGGGGCAUCGACUUGCCCGGCGAGGGGUACGUGAACCUCGUGAACGCCAUGGUCAACACCCCGGGCGACGCGGCGCAGAAGGUUGAGGUGCAGGACGGCGCCGUAGUGGCGUGGAUGAGCGGCCGCACGUACUUCGCCGAGAGCUGCUCCGAGGAGAGCUACGAGGCCGUGCAGUACAAGGCGCUGUCGCUCCUGGGCCGGACGAUCAAGUGGACGGUGGACCUGAACGGCGCUGGCUGUGGCUGCAACGCGGCAGUCUACCUCACGUCGCUCGCCCAGAACACCAAGAAGUCCGAGUGUAGCGACUACUACUGCGACGCCAACCGCGUGUGCGGUGUGCCGUGCGCGGAGGUGGACCUCCAGGAGGCCAACAUGCACUCCUGGCGGUCGACGCUGCACACGGCCGAAGACGGCGCGGGGUCUGCGGCUGGCUACGGCGGCACGGGCCCGCACAAGAAGUCUUGGGGGCCCGCCGACUACGGGCCCGACGGCAACUGCGUGGCCACGACGGCGCCGUUCGACGUCGAGGUCGGAUUCCCGGUCGACGCGAACGGCGUCCUGAAAGCAAUGCAGGUCAUCCUUUCUCAGGAGGGCAGGCCGUGCAAGAUCUCGGCAACGAUCGACAGUUACACGUUCGGCGGUAAGAACGGCAUGGCCGAGAUCUCGGAGGCCCUGGCCGCCGGCAUGACACCCAUCAUCAGCUACUGGAGCAACGAGGGGCUCGGCUGGAUGGAUGGCUCCCGGUCGGACCCUGCUGGCGGGAUAGAGGGCGACUGCGAGAUGGACACGCCGAGGGACUGCCCAGAGUACGUGAAGAUAUACGGCUUCUCCGUCUUUGACGGCGUGUCGGAGCCGCCGCCCACCACCACGCCCCUUCCGCCGUCGACGACACCGUGUAGCACGACGAUUCCAGGACAGGGCGUCGCAGCAGGCGUGGGCGCUGGCGUCUUCCAGCCCGCCGCCGCGCAGGUGCCCGCGCCAGCGCCCGCCAGCAGUAGCCCCUGGCUGCAGGUGACCCAGGGCGGCCAGACCUACUUCUACAACCCGCAGACUGGCGUCACCGCCUGGACCAUCCCGGGCAUGUAG